AUUAAAACUGAACUAAAUGGGAUGGAUGGGUUUUGUAACAACUAUAAGCGCCCCCGCUAGACCUUGGUUGAUAUCUGAGGUCGAGAUCGACUUACAAAUGUACACACAAUGUGAAGUCGGGAUCGGAAAUUCGAAUUUUGGGAAUAUCGCGGGAAACUUUCAUAACAUUUUGAGUGUUCACGUCAUCUAGAUUUCGAUACUAAGAUAGUAGAUUGAGGUAGAACCAACAAAAUGGUAGAGGGUCCAGGAUGUAAAAUCAAAGGCGAAAAAAUAAAAUCCAAACUUCUGAACCAGACUGUUAAAACCGUGUCAGGAAAUGCUGUCAAUAGGGAGAAAAAGCCAAAGAAAGGCAUCACAUCUUCUCAGUUUGAUGUCGUGGUUGGCCGGUCACUGACAAGUGUGCAAAGCCUGGGAAAGGAGCUGUUCAUGUAUUUUGGGGAUGUCUGUUUAAGAAUUCAUUUUUUAAUGGCUGGGUCAUUUCGUGUAAAUGGGCAAGCCCUGGAUAAGGACUAUGGGAAAUUGACUGAAACACCAUCCCUGAAAGUGGAGUUCUCUAAAGACGUUCUGACAUUUUACAAGUCUGCUGUUCAAAUCAGAGAGUCUGGGUCGUGCAGUAUGAGGUAUGCAGAUCUUCAUGAACUUGACAUUUGCUCCCCAGUCUUUAACCAUCAAAGGGCUGUUGCUAUGGUUAUGGAGCAGUCUAAUCGCCAGGUUUGUGAUGUUCUGCUGGAUCAGACCAUUCUACCCGGCGUCGGAAAUAUCAUCAAAAACGAGGCGCUGUUUGACAGUGGUAUCAAGCCAAGUUCUAAGGUUCAGGAACUUUCAAAAGAUCUUGUUUCGCAUCUGGUGAAAAUGACCAGGGAUUUCUCCCUCAUCUUCUACAAGUGUAGAAAGACAGGCAGCAAUUUAAAUCAGUAUAUGAAGAUUUACAACAAGCGGAAAUGUGGACAGUGUGAAGGAAAAGUGACCAUAACUCGGACAGGAGAGGACAGUGAGAGAGUGACCUACUACUGCCCAGACUGUCAGACCAACACACUGAAGUCGACAAUCAAAGUUCAUCCAUGUAAAAACAGUCUUUUGGGAUGGGUCCAAUCAGGCAGGCAGAAUGCUGUUGGGAAACAUCCUAUUGAGGAAACAGAGUGGGCGUGUCCAAUCUGUACACUGAUAAACAAAGGGACACACCUCCGAUGCCAGGCAUGCCUCACAGAUAGAGAGGAAACUCAUUCAGUAGGCACAGCUGAAACAGGUUUGAAAAGACAAUCUACGGAUUCCUCGGAACAGAUUUCAAAGAGGUUAAAAGGAAGUGAAGAUGUGUGUGGGAUCAUUUCUGUAACAAACAAUAAGAUUUGUGAUACUGGACAAUCUCCCGCUGUGAAUUUGGAUGCAAAAAGUACAGGAAAAACAGCAUCUCCUUGGUUUAAGCAAGGAACCUUUCAAAAAACUAUAUCAUUAAAUGAAAUGAACAAACCGCAGGAACCACGAAAUGUAAACAAAAUCAUUACCAGGACCAAAUACAAUAAUGUGAAGGACUGUAAAGCAUCAGUCCCUCGGGGAAUGACAUCACAGUCGGAAGGAGUGGUUGCCACGGUUACCAGUAAAAUCCCACGGUGUCCUGUCCAUUGUAAGCCAUGCACCAUGAAGCAGACACGAAAAAAAGGAGACAAUUACCUCCGAUGGUUCUUCACUUGUGGAGUCAGUCCCAGGACUAACCAGUGCAAAUUCUUCAAGUGGGCUGAUGAGAGUUUCCCAAUUUGCCCUAAUCAUGGCAAACCAGCUGCUUUCAGAACUGUGAUGAAGGAGGGUCCCAACAAUGGAAGAAAAUUCUUUGCUUGUCCUCUUCCAAAACAGAAGCAGUGUGGAUUUUUUGAAUGGGCUGAAGGUUUCUGAUAGACAAAAAAAAAACCCACAGGGAAAGGAACUUGCAUAUAUUACAGUGUUGUGUAUAUUAUUUCUGAUGACAUUUAUUUGUGAUUAAGGAGGUACGUACAAAAAAAAUUUGGAAGUGUUGUAUAAAUUUUACUUUA